AUGUCAGAAACAUUUCGUAGUUGGAUAAAAAAAGACUGGGCUACUGGAAAUAUUUCCAACAUAAUAGUGGGUGUUUCCGCCUUGCUCAUUGUAGCAACAAGACUAACAAGAUAUGUUUCGCAACGUGAAAAAGAAAAAUCAUAUAUUGAUUCUUUAGAAUCGCAAGCGAAUAAAUUGCCAAUAGUAUCAUUAUUACGAUCAGAUCCAACGUUCGAAGAAGUAAGAGGUCCAUAUGAUCAUGUAGCACCUGAACGUAGAUCGAAUCAUUUUACAGCCGGCACUUUACAGGGGAAGGGAAAAUUUGCAAUUAGUCAUAUUGUCUUUGUUUCAGCAGAAAAGAUGGAAUUAGUGGUUAUUUCCCAUAUUGGUUCUGAUAUGUGUGGUCAUGAAGGAAUUGUUCAUGGUGGAUUGAUAUCAACUUUCAUGGACGAAUUAUUUGCAAGGACUGUAAUUCCUUUUCUCCCUAAUAAAAAUGGAGCAACAGCUUAUCUACACAUAAACUUUCGUAAACCAUUAGGGGCAAAUCAGUUUGUAGUGGCAAAAUGCAAAGUUACAAAACUUGAAGGCAGAAAGGGUUUUGUUGAGGGAACUUUAGAAACUUUAGAAGGGCAAACGGUUGCUGACGGAAAUGCAUUGUUUCUCAGUUUAAAGAAGCUAGCUAUUCAGAAGUGA